AUACCGGCCACAGCUCUUACGACACCUGACCUGGGAUACAAAUUGUACUGCAAAGAUGAUGACUUCCGAGCCCAAGGCAAGCUAGAGCCUAACAACCACUCUCAGACUUUGAUCUACACCUCAGCAAACAAUGAUGGAUUAAACCAACCUUCAAGAGUUCACUUUCCUCUCGCAAUGACGAGCCGGGGCAAAAAGGAAGACGGCGAACGAAGGAAUGAACUUCUAGACUUUGUCAGGACUAUUGACUUUCAGUCACUACUUCUUCUAGACGACACUGUCACUGAACUGAUCUACAACGCAAAUGAAGAUAAUAAGAGAAUGAACUUGCCAAACAGCACCGCGAACCGAGUGAUACUAUUGGAUCCACCAAUCUCAAAAACCUUGCGUUUCAAUACCAGGGAGGAUCCUGAUAAAUUCAAUAAAUCAAGUAAUUCCGCGUUUUACACAAAAGCGGCCAAACACCACAUAUUCCUCAGGCGAUCAACCACCCUUCCUAACAAGCGCGGUAUACAGAACAAUCAACAAGAACUAAAGAACUUUGAACAGUUCAAAGGCGUGAUAAAGAUCGUUCAGCUUCCUGGUAUUGCAGUAUCUAUCAAUCCAUACGCCCAUACGCCACCUCUCAAAACAUUUAGAUUUUGGUUGUAA